AUGUGGGAAGAGAUCCGUUUCUCUGAGUGGUAUACGUACCGCUUUGUUUUACCAGAAGUAGAAUUCAGUGAUUUCGCCUACAGCGAAAUCAAGGGGAGCCGUGUGGCGGAGUGCGUGAGCAAUGUCCGCAGCCGAUGCAAACUUCGGAUUUGGCAAAGCCCUAUACCAAUGGGUAGCAUUUGGAAGCAGACCAUAGCAACGUCAAAUUGA